AGCUAAGCUAUUAACUUUGAAUAGGAUUUAGCACUUGCUUGUUCAACAUUAAAAUUGCAAGUAAACAACCCUUUCCCACCCUAAGAUCAAGGAGUAUUUUGCGAUUAAUUUGUAGUUUAAAUUGCUCAAAAAUGUCCCUUAAAUCAUGAGUAUAUAUCACUCACUCACUCACCCUCUAGCUUAUUAUUAGCAUCCUCAACAAGCCCAUUCAAUUCAUCAUAUUAUUAUAUAUCAUUCCAAAAUUUAAACAAAAAAAAAAAUGGCCAACAUCGCCACCACCCUAAAGUUUACAAUAAUUCUCUCAUUGCUCAUUAUUCCUCUAACCCUUUUCCCCAAAUUAGUAUCUUCCACUAAUGACAUAGAAAAUGAUGAUGAAGAUGAUGAAGAGUAUGUUGUUGACACCCCAUUGUUAUUAACAAGCCACAAAGCAACAAGUAGGUUCUUGUCAAGCAUAAUAAUCAAGAAAGGUGCACAUUGUGAUGUUGUGACUAACAACAUAUGCAAUGGGAUCCCAGCAAAUAAAGGAAAAGGCCUUCUCUUUUGUUGCAAGAAGCAUUGUAGAAACGUUCUAAGUGAUAGGAACAAUUGUGGAGUUUGUGGCCACAAAUGCAAGGUACUAGGUGAGAGAUGCUGCAAUGGAGUUUGUACUAAUGUUUGGUAUAACGACAAUCAUUGUGGCAAGUGCAACAACAAGUGUUCAAACGGUGAUAAAUGUGGGAAUGGAUUCUGUGGCUAUGCAUGAAAAUACAACUUAUAAUUUGAAGGUGGGUCUAAUCUUAUAUAAUUUAG